UGCCGUGGCCGCUGCCGACCUCUUUGGUCCUGACCCCACAUCCUGGACCCCGGGGACCCUGGAGCUCUGGGAGCCCUAGCCGGGUCGCCCAGACGGCGCUCUCUAGGAGCUCCUGGAAGAGGGAAGACGGCCUCGGGCGUCCCGCCUUCCUUCCCUAGAAAACGCAUGCUCUGCAUCGCGCUCCCAUUCCUCCUGCUCCAGCGUCCUCUGGUCCUUCUUUCUGUCUGUGCCUCCGUCUUUGUCUCCUCCUCUCAGGCUUGCUCGCUCCCUGUCCAGAUUUUGUGGCCCAAGCCCCUUGGCUGUCCCACUCCGGGUUCCUGAGUCCUUCCCUGGCUCCAGGCUUCCCUCCGGGUCUCCGCAGUGGGAGGUCUGUGCUUUUGGUCAGCUUUGGCCUCAGCCCCCAUCGGGGCUGCUGUCCUGGGCUGCGCUGGUCUUCAUCCCUGCUUCUCUCCUGUGUCUGGCUGACGCUUCUUUUGGAGUCCCCACUGAAGCCCAGCCCCCUACCCUGGACCAUGCAGGGAAUUAUCCCUGGAGAGCCAGGAGGGCAAAGCCAGGAGCCCCAGUCUCUGUGGCCAGGACACGGGCUCUGUGAACUAGUUGCUGCCUUCCUCCAGCCUCAGUUUCUUUUCCUGUUUGGAGGAAAGAUGCAUACCCUCCGCCCAGCCUUUCCACGCCUGUGUGAUUGUAAGAGCCUGAGUGGAGUGGGCGUUCAGGAAGGUAACUGCACUUCAGACGAUAGAGAGCAGAAUAGGAGAGGGAGGGAGGGGGUCUCCGGCAUCCAGGGCCAGAGUGGCUGAACCCUGAGGCUGAGGAUGGGGACGCUGGAAAUGGUGGCUUUUCCUGCUAGGUUCCAAGUGGAGGGAAGACAGAGACUCAAAGACUCAAAUAGCAUCCUACGCAGAGCAUCACCCCAGCACUGGUGGGAGAUUCUGGCUGGGCAGACCCCUCACCCUGACAUGCACGCAUUCGCAUCUCCUUGCCCUGCUGACUUAGGACCUGUGGUCACCAUGGUACUGUCCCUGGGGCCAGCCUCUCCACCUGUCUCACCCCCAUUGCCUUCAUUCCCUCCUCGGCCAGGAGACUGGUUCUUUUAAAGAACCAGAGGCUAGGACCCUUGGUGUUCACCUGGCCCCCACUUUCCCAGGGAGUGAGACCAUCCCUUAACGACUCUCCCCUCCAUCUUCCCUGGUGGGUCCCCUAGUCCAGAGCUUCCUCUGGAAAUCCAGGGCUUAGGCUGAAGACUGAGCCUCCGAAUCUGCAGCCCUGAUACGGCCUCUGCUGCAAAAGUGCUGACCUCGGGGCCUGCGACAUCUGCAGGUGUGGACACCCUGGGAUGUACAGAAGGCGUGUUGUUAGCUGGGGCUCCUGUCCUCUGCCGGGCCUCCACUCCCUCCUGCCUCCCUGCCCAAUUUGGUAGGGGCACAAGGCCCACCUCCUGCCAGAGCAGGGCUGAGAGACAGCCUCAGAGAGUGUCCCAGCCUAGUCGGCAUCACACACUUUCUCGCUCCAGAGUGCCUGGCGAGGGUUCUGUGGCAGGAGAUAUACUCCCCUCCUGGCCUUCCCACAUGUGUGUGGGGGUGGAGUCAGAGGGCAGCCCCUCCCAGUUCCUCUUCUCUCGGUUUGUCUGUCCGGUCUCUCUAUCUCUCUGCAGGAGCUGGGUCCCUUCUCAUCUCUCUUCCUGUCUGUCCUUUCUUGGUCCCUGUCGCCUCCUCUCUUUGCCUUUGCUGCUUCUACCCUCAUCCUCUGGAGGCCCAGGUUCGCUGGACCCAUCCAUCCCCUCUGGGGCCAUGGGAUCGCUGCUUGGGCUCCUGGCACUGCUGCUGUGGGGGGCUGUGGCUGAGAACCCAGCCAAGAAGGUGCUGACCCUGGAGGGGGACCUGGUGCUGGGUGGUUUGUUCCCGGUGCACCAGAAGGGCGGCCCCGCGGAGGACUGCGGUCCCAUCAACGAGCACCGCGGCAUCCAGCGUCUGGAGGCCAUGCUUUUCGCCCUGGACCGCAUCAACCAGGACCCGCACCUGCUGCCUGGCGUGCGCCUGGGCGCGCACAUCCUCGACAGCUGCUCCAAGGACACACACGCCCUGGAGCAGGCGCUGGACUUCGUGCGGGCCUCGCUUAGCCGCGGCGCCGACGGCUCACGCCACAUCUGCCCCGAUGGUUCUUACGCCACCCACGGCGAUGCUCCCACCGCUGUCACUGGUGUCAUUGGCGGCUCCUACAGUGACGUCUCCAUCCAGGUGGCCAACCUGCUGCGGCUGUUCCAGAUCCCCCAGAUCAGCUACGCGUCCACCAGUGCCAAGCUGAGCGACAAGUCCCGUUACGACUACUUCGCCCGGACGGUGCCCCCUGACUUCUUCCAAGCCAAAGCCAUGGCUGAAAUUCUCCGCUUCUUCAACUGGACCUAUGUGUCCACCGUGGCGUCCGAGGGCGACUAUGGCGAGACAGGCAUCGAGGCCUUCGAGCUGGAGGCCCGUGCCCGCAACAUCUGCGUGGCCACCUCGGAGAAGGUGGGGCGUGCCAUGAGCCACGCCGCCUUUGAGGGCGUGGUGCGAGCCCUGCUGCAGAAGCCCAGCGCCCGCGUGGCCGUCCUGUUCACCCGCUCCGAGGAUGCCCGCGAGCUGCUCGCCGCCUCUCAGCGCCUCAACGCCAGCUUCAUCUGGGUGGCCAGCGAUGGCUGGGGGGCCCUGGAGAGUGUGGUGGCCGGCAGUGAGGGGGCAGCUGAAGGCGCCAUCACCAUCGAGCUGGCCUCCUACCCCAUCGGUGACUUCGCCUCCUACUUCCAGAGCCUGGACCCCUGGAACAACAGCCGCAACCCCUGGUUCCGUGAGUUCUGGGAGCAGAGGUUCCGCUGCAGCUUCCGGCAGCGAGACUGUGCAGCCCACUCUCUGCGGGCCGUGCCUUUUGAGCAGGAGUCCAAGAUCAUGUUUGUGGUCAACGCCGUGUACGCCAUGGCCCACGCGCUGCACGACAUGCGCCGCGCCCUCUGCCCCAACACCACUCGCCUCUGCGACGCCAUGCGGCCUGUCAACGGGCGCCGCCUCUACAAGGACUUCGUGCUCAAUGUCAAGUUCGAUGCCCCUUUCCGCCCAGCCGACACGGACAACGAGGUGCGCUUUGAUCGCUUUGGGGAUGGUAUUGGUCGCUACAACAUCUUCACAUACCUCCGGGCCAGCGGCGGGCGCUAUCGCUACCAGAAAGUGGGCUACUGGGCAGAAGGCCUGACCCUGGACACCAGCCUCAUCCCCUGGGCCUCGCGCUCGGCCAGGCCCCUGCCCGCCUCGCGCUGCAGUGAGCCCUGCCUGCAGAACGAGGUGAAGAGCGUGCAGCCGGGCGAGGUGUGCUGCUGGCUCUGCAUCCCGUGCCAGCCCUACGAGUACCGGCUGGACGAGUUCACCUGCGCCGACUGCGGCCUGGGCUACUGGCCCAACGCCAGCCUGACGGGCUGCUUCGAGCUGCCCCAGGAGUACAUCCGCUGGGGCGACGCCUGGGCCGUGGGCCCUGUCACCAUCGCCUGCCUGGGUGCCCUGGCCACGCUGUUUGUGCUGGGUGUCUUCGUGCGGCACAACGCGACGCCAGUGGUCAAGGCCUCCGGGCGGGAGCUCUGCUACAUCCUGCUGGGCGGUGUCUUCCUCUGCUACUGCAUGACCUUCAUCUUCAUCGCCAAGCCGUCCACGGCGGUGUGCACCCUCCGGCGCCUCGGGCUGGGCACUGCCUUCUCCGUCUGCUACUCCGCCCUGCUCACCAAGACCAACCGCAUCGCACGCAUCUUCGGUGGGGCCCGUGAGGGCGCCCAGCGGCCGCGCUUCAUCAGUCCCGCCUCGCAGGUGGCCAUCUGCCUGGCACUUAUCUCGGGCCAGCUGCUCAUCGUGGCCGCCUGGCUGGUGGUGGAGGCACCGGGCACGGGCAAGGAGACAGCCCCCGAGCGUCGGGAGGUGGUGACCUUACGCUGCAACCACCGGGACGCCAGCAUGCUGGGCUCGCUGGCCUACAACGUGCUCCUCAUCGCGCUCUGCACGCUCUACGCGUUCAAGACCCGCAAGUGCCCCGAGAACUUCAAUGAGGCCAAGUUCAUUGGCUUCACCAUGUACACGACCUGCAUCAUCUGGCUGGCCUUCCUGCCUAUCUUCUACGUCACCUCCAGUGACUACCGGGUGCAGACCACCACCAUGUGCGUGUCGGUCAGCCUCAGCGGCUCCGUGGUUCUCGGCUGCCUGUUCGCGCCCAAGCUGCACAUCAUCCUCUUCCAGCCGCAGAAGAACGUGGUCAGCCACCGGGUGCCCACCAGCCGCUUUGGCAGCGCUGCCGCCAGGGCUGGCUCCAGCGUCGGCCAAGGGUCUAGCUCCCAGUUUGUCCCCACCGUCUGCAAUGGCCGUGAGGUGGUAGACUCAACGACAUCAUCGCUUUGAAGACCAGCUUCCUGCCCUGACACAGCUGCUUCUGGAACCAGUGCAGACCCACGUCCAGGGCAGGAGGAGGCUGUCUGGAGCACUGCAAUAACACCCACCCGUGCCCACCCCGAGCGCUUACCCCUGCCACCCCAGGCUUCCAAGUCAGAACGUCCCUGGCCGGGGGCCUCUCCAAUGGUCACCUACUGCCCUUGCAGCUGGGCUUCUUACCAGCCCACAUCUCAGAGGGGAGCGAGCCAGAGUCCACCCUGCCCUGGAGCGGGAUGGCUGAGAUGGGCAGGCCCCAGUCCCGUCAGCAAAGGUGCUCCCAGCCCAGCCCCUCCUCCUCCUCGGGCCUUUUUUAUUUUUUAUAUGAGUUACUCUGGGAUGGGGAGGGUGGUGAUGGUGGGACCGUUCCUCCCCCUGUACAGUAGUUUGUCCUGUGGUUUAUUUUGUAUUAUCUGUAAAUAAAGUGUCUUUAUUAAAAAAAGAAAAAAAAAAAA